AUGAUAUCACUCCUCCGUACAGGUGACUGUACAGCUGACACAGCGACCACCACAACGGCAACGGCAACGACAACGACGCCGCCUUUCUGA